AUGUCGGGCAAAGGUGGUCACCGCGGCGGUCAAGGGAACCGCAGUGGUGGGAAUUGGGGCUCACAUGGAGCCACCUACAGCUAUGGCGCUCACAAUGCCGCUCACAAUCCGUUCGAGGUGAAACUGCCGAGGUUCUUGAACUGGCUUGAGUACAAUGAGGUGGAUCAGUCAGAGAACUCGCUCAUCAUGGUGGACGAUCGGGAUGUGCGCAUGGUCUCGCCGUUCCAAUGUUGGCUGACACGGGAGAUCAUGGCCAACUCGGCAAGCUCCAUCAACGUCUUGACCGAGAGAGAUCAGGUCACGCCACCCAACUCGGGCUUCCACCUUUCGCUGUUCGGGAACUACACCUUGGACGGGAUCAAGGCGGUGAUCGUCAUUGCUCUCGAUACCGAGACAGGGGCUCCAAAUGCAGGCUGGGACAGGCACACUGCCACAGCUCUGAGUCAUCCGGCUUUUCAGCCAUUUUCAUGGCCGAUGCUCAGGGACACCUCAGCAUCAUACACUGAUGUCAAGGUGUACAACGGCAAUGAGAUCCUGUUUCGCUGGAUCUUCAGGGGAUAUCGGGCAGACACUGAUCUGACCGUGCAGCAGCAGUUCGUCGAUGAGGUCCUGCUCAGGGAGUGCAAUCGUGGAAAGCCAAGGCUGUCGGUCGUCGUGGCUGCUUUCGUAGGCUUUGAGCUCCGGGUGCGCAAUCGAUCGUCGCAAGACGCCAUGGGCAACGAUGCAGAUCGUGUGGAGUUCAGGUUCAGAGACGCCAACAACAGGCUGGAUCUGAAGUGCCAGAGGACUGCGGUGCCAGGAACCUGGCUGACAUGCAGUCUCACAACCCUCAUCCAGACGAUCCAGAACGUUCGGCAAGCUCGUCGUGCUCGAGUUGAAGGGCCGGAGCACACUGAACAGUUUGGUCAACUGGCAGCGGUGCAUGAGCAUUGGUUCAAUUGGGCAGUUGCGGAGAACGCUGAAGAUGUGGGGUGCCUGGUCGAUUUUAUUGGUGAUCUCGACGAGGGGAACUUCCACAUCACUGCUACGUUCAAGCUGUGGACCAGGGCGCCGGAGAUCGUGAACCCAAGGCGAUCGCAGAAAUGCAGCAUCAAGAGGCAGGCGGAUGUUGAACUGGCCAGUCGCUCGUUUAAUGCUCCUCCGAGUAGGUCCACGGAUCACAUUGAGGAUGAGGACCGUGAUCAGGCGCGGAACGAUCGGCGAUAUGCUCGGUCCUCUGCGCAGGUCACUCCAGCCAUUUUCGCAUCCCAGAUCCGGUCGAAGACUUUCAAUGAGACGUCGGCAACGAUCGAGGAGGUAGACGAUCUGCCCCCUGGAGAUCUUGAGCUCCCGACGGCAGCAGGUGGAGGGCGGCCAACAGAUGCCGCAGGAAUGGAGGUGGAGACCAAGAUCCCUGGUCGCUGGGGCUCGGGCGAUCCGAGUUCUGGCUGGCGCUGGAUGUCGAUGAAGGAGCGGAUGAUCAGAUCGCUCGGAUGCUGGGCGCAAUGGGGGGGGGAUCAGGAGGAUAGGGACGUGGUACUUCGACGGAUCGAGUUGGCACCUCUCCUGUUCAACCUGAUCCUUCAAUCACGCUCGAAGAUCAUGGGCGAGAUUGCCACCGACUUGGGGUAUGGUCAUGGAUCGGCCGUUCGACCACUAAGUGUGGUUGAGGUGCAGGCGGGAUCGCAUGCUCAGAUCAAUCGAUCCUUGCCUGGGGCAGAGAUCACUGCCGGCGAGCAAGCAGAGAUCCGUGAGCUGGUCUUCGGUGCAGGCGCGUUUCGCACGAUCCGUGUGAAUGUGCUUGCAUGGGAGCGAAUGGAGAAGUGGGCUGGCUCCCAAGGGCUGUCGGUCUACCCCCUCACCAGCUCCGUUUUAUCCAAAUACUGCCUGCGCCUCUCAAAUUCUAAGCGCGGCCCAUCAGUUCUGCCAGCACUGUCUUAUGCAGUCAGGUGGAUCUGUAAGCGGCUAGUCACGCCCGUCCCGGAUACGGACGAUCCGCAUGUGGGAGCAAUCGUUCAGAAGGUUUACCUCGAUCGCGGCAAAGAGCUCCGUGAGGCAGUCGAAGUUCCACAGCCCGUGGUUGCUGCGCUCGAAUACCUCGUGAAUGCUCUGAUACUGGAGGGCAAGAAGCCGGCGGCUCUCUUCGCGCGGUGGACGCUCAUUUUGAUCUAUGCGUCGCUCAGGUGGGACGAUGGCCGCCACGUGGCGCCGGCAUCUCUUGAGCUCACUGAGGAGGCUCUGCUCGGUUUAGUUUGGCAAACAAAGGUCGAACGUAAACGGAAGGGAACUCGGUUUGCUGUUCCUCGUUGUUCGAUCGCCGGAGUCGAGUGGUUGGACGAGGUGCAAAUUUUUCGUGAGUUCCUUUCCGAUAGGGAUUUCUUCAUUUGGGACUUGGUCAGUGAAUUUGAAUUUGAUACGGUCCCCAUUUCGUAUCUCCCAAAAGUAUGCCAUGGCUGA